AUGUCUGAAAUUGAACAGAACAUAAUAAAAGAAGAUGGCGAAGAUGCAGUAAAAUUCAGUCAAACCAUCCAUACUAAACCUUUACACAACGAAAAUUUACAUCAUGAACCAACUUUGACUGAAGGUGGUAAUGGUGCGUUCCACAAUUAUAUUAACGAUUUUGCCCACAUUGAUGAUCCUUUGGAGAGAAGAAGGUUGGCUCUAGAAAAAAUAGAUGAAAGUAACUUUAGUUGGGUACAAGUUAGAACUAUUUUAAUUGCCGGUGUUGGUUUUAUGACUGAUUCUUAUGAUAUUUUUGCCAUUAAUUUAGGUAUUUCCAUGAUGUCAUACGUCUUCUGGGAUGGUAAUAUGCCGUCAGCAACUUCUACAUUAUUAAAGGUAUCUACCUCUGUUGGUACUGUCAUUGGACAAUUUUCUUUUGGUCUAGCUGCUGAUAUUUUAGGUCGUAAGAAAAUUUAUGGUUCUGAAUUAAUUAUUGUUAUAGUUACUUGUAUUUUGCAAUGUACUAUUGGUACUGCCCCAGGUGUCAAUUUCGUCGCCGUUUUAACUUUCUACAGAAUUAUCAUGGGUAUUGGUAUCGGUGGUGAUUAUCCAUUAUCUUCUAUUAUUACAUCUGAAUUCUCUACCACUAAAUGGAGAGGUGCCAUUAUGGGUGCUGUUUUCGCUAAUCAAGCUUGGGGUCAAAUUAUGGGUGGUAUUGUUGCACUAAUUAUUGUUGCUGCUUACAAGAGUGAGAUCGAAUAUGCUAACAGUGGUGCUGAAUGUGAUUUUAAAUGUAAAAAAGCUUGUGAUCAAAUGUGGAGAAUCUUAAUUGGGUUCGGUGCUGUCCCAGGUAUGUUAGCUUUAUACUACAGAUUAACAAUUCCAGAAUCCCCAAGAUACCAAUUAGAUGUCAACACAGAUUUACAACAACCUCUUACCUCAAAUUCUUCUAAGGUUCAUGCGAUUGAUAUUCAUUAUGAUGGGAAAGACGCCUCUUCCUCUUCUGACCAUGAUCUAGAGAAAGGUUACGAUGUGGCUACCAUUCAACCAAAGGCUUCAUUUAAAGAUUUUUGUCGUCACUUCGGUCAAUGGAAAUAUGGUAAGAUUCUUUUUGGUACUGCCGGUUCAUGGUUCAUGGUCGAUAUUGCAUUUUACGGUUUAUCUCUAAAUUCUGCUGUUAUCUUACAAGCCAUUGGUUAUGCAGGUUCCAGCAACAUUUACUUAAAACUGUGGGAUUCAUGCGUUGGUAACUUGAUCUUGGUUUGUGCUGGUUCUUUACCAGGUUAUUGGGUUUCUGUCUUAUGUAUUGAUACCUUAGGUAGAAAACCAAUUCAAUUACUUGGUUUUAUCAUGCUAACUAUUUGGUUCUGUGUCAUUGGUUUCGCAUAUCAUAAGAUUCCAUCCAAUGGUCUAUUAGGUCUUUACAUUAUAUGUGAAUUUUUCUCUAAUUUUGGUCCAAAUGUUACAACUUUUAUUGUUCCUGGUGAAUGUUUCCCAACUAGAUACAGAUCUACUGCUCACGGUAUUUCCGCUGCAUGUGGUAAAGUUGGUGCCAUCAUUGCUCAAACUGCACUAGGUACUUUGAUUAAUCACGAUUGUGCUAAGAAUGGUAAGAAGAAGAACUGUUGGUUACCACAUGUUAUGGAAAUCUUUGCUUUGUUCAUGUUAUGUGGUAUCUUUACAAGUUUAUUCAUUCCAGAAACGACUGGUAUGACUCUAGAAGAGAUCACUGAGAAAUACCAUGAUGAAGUGGACCCUACCAAAUUGCGUCAUGACCCUGCUACUGUAGAUACAGAUUCGAACGGUACAAUGUCUGACAGUCCGUUACCAAAGAAGAAGAAGACAAUAUUUUCUAUAUUUGACUUAUAA